AUGAGAGAGAUACCAAUACCGCAAGAUCCCACAGAAGAUGAGGCCCUUGCUUUGUUCGAAGCGGUAGAAAAACUGUUUCCAUCAAAGACAUUGGGAGACGACAAAUGGUAUAUUCUCACCCUUGCGGCGAUGGUCGGCGGUGGACAGCCCGGCUUCGCGCCUCUCCUCUACAAGGAGCUCAUCAAACGUCCUGAAAACCAGACUUCAGAACAACGACAGGCUCUGAUGCGGAGGAUCAGAGAAACGCUAUUCAAACUCAUUGUCAUCAUCGGCGUGUGUAAGCCUCUAGAGGCCAUCUUCGACAUUGAUGCCAUAACCCGACCGGAGGACAAAGACUAUUCGUUCUCGAGAGAAGGAUGGCAGUGCGACGAGGCCAAUGCAAAGCGCGGCUUCGAGUGGCAGAGCCGCUUGUACCAGCAAAACCAAGGCGCCAUCGACAACGUGCUCGCGUCGCAGCGAGAUUUCGAUUGGACAAGCAAAGAGAUCACAUACGGGCUCUACCUGUCUGACCACAGCAUCCUGAACGAUGUUGAGACCGAGAUCACGGUUCUCUCGGGCAUUAUGAUUCAGAACCUGCCCCGGGAGACUGCGUGGCACCUCAGGGGGACCAGAAGGAUCGGAGUGAGCUCGGAGGACACUGAGACGCUUCAGCAAUGUGUCAGUAGCAUGUGCGCGAUAUCAAGACUAGUACGCUGA